CUUGAAGUCAAUAUCCAGCAUGGGUAACGCCAGGAAACGGGUGCAGCGACGGAGCUUGUCGUGUGCGAGAUGCAGACACAGAAAGAUUAUGGUACGCCUAUUCUACAACUACAACAAAGAAACACAUUAACCGACUACACGGCAGUGCGAUGCAUUAUCGCCCGCAUGCUCUGCCUGCGUCGAGGCCGAUGCUCCGUGUCUGGCUUGGAACGCUGCCACCAAGGCCACCGCACCGCGCAGUAUCGCCCGCUAUCUCGAAGAGCGCAUUGCUGCGCUGGAGACUGAUACUUUUGAUCAUGUCCAAAGGGAUUCGCUGAACAGCUCGUCUAUGCUUGUUCCGGUCUCCAACUCCAUCCUCGGCAGCGUCUUGAGCGACAGCACGCCCUCCUUCCUCGGCCUUGUCAGAGACAGCUGUUUGGCCGGAUGCGUGGCUGUCCAGACGGAGAUCCCCUCUGUUCAUCUUACCCACGCCAUCUCUGAUCUGAAUGAGAACCAUCCACGGGCUAUAGUGAACCAGCAAGCAUCUAUCCUGUCGCCAACGUCCGUGCCAGCUCGAGUCGCCGAUUUCCUGUUGUUCACCUACACCACCGGUAUAAUCCACCAGUUCCCUAUUCUGUCUGAAGAUGAGGCAAGGAGCGCCUUCGAUGCUGUACUUCCUAUGGGAUACAGCGUUCCUGAUUGCGAUGCUCGAAGUGUAUAUAUCGUCAGCCUCAUCAUGGCCAUCUCGCUCUCAACCACAGCACGCAACAAACUCUCCCGGGCUCAGUCUCUUGCAACAGCGCUGUUUAAAAACGCAAUGCUAAACAUUUCUGCCGUUCUUACCAAUGAUCUUUCUGGCCUCCAGGCCCUUCUCCUGUUAAUCCAAUAUACCUUUCUCAACCCCACCGUUGGCAACCUGUGGCUACUCACCGGCAUCUCCAGCGAAGCCUGCAUCGAGUACGGCCUGCACCAUGAGUUACAGAGCGAUACAGACAUAGAACGUCGCCGACGGAUCUUCUGGUGUGCGUGGGAAAUGGAAGUCGCCGUCAGUGCAGCCUUUCGUCGGCCAAUCCGGAUCCUCAACAAGUACAUCCACGUCUCCUUCCCCAGCCCUAACCAGGCAUCCUCCGCAGCACCACUCGCCAUUCCCUCCAUUGCAAUAUUCGUCUGGCGCUUCCGACAGCUCGAAGCCGAGCUCAUCUCCAUCCUGCAUCUGAACAACCCCCUCCUACACGCCAGCUCGCUCGAAUCCUGGAUGGAAGACAUGGCAAGCAAAGCCCAGCACUGGGCCCAACAAGUCCAGCACUCCGCAUCCCAGAACCAAUGUCCCUCCACCAAAUCCCAAUGGGCCGAAAUGGUCCUCUACGCCGAUAUCGCAUACCACUACUGCCUCGUCCUGCUCUACGGCCCCUCAAACCGCGUCAAAGAGCCCACACGACCAAACCUCAUCUGCGCCUUCAGAGCCAGCGUCCAAGUCGCCAUCAGCUACUGGGAGCAAGCGAACUCCGAGUUCGGGCGCAUAAAAUACACCUUCCACACUUGCUACCACACCUUCUCCGCAGCCGUCGUCUUCCUCAGCGUCCUCCGCAGCUGUCAGUCCGAGAUAACACAGCUCUACACCCUGAAUGAAAUCCAAGAAUGCGCCAACCGCUUCGUCUGUCUCCUCUCAUCCAUCGGCGAGCGCUGGCCCGCUGCAGCCCGCUGUCUGGAAGAGUAUAACCACCUCCUUGAACCGAUUAUGAAAUCAUACUCGGACUUUUUUCUCCUAUCCCAACAACAUACCAGUGCUGCUGGUGCAGAUCCGUUUUUAUCGCCCGAGCAGUAUGCGGAUGCCGAGGCGUUUGAUGUCAUGGAUUAUGAGAGUUUCGUGCACUUCUUUAACCCCCCGCAGGAUGUGGUGGAUCCGUUGCUUGCAUCCCCGGCUGUGGUUCCGUUUGAUUGGGAUGUGGAGUUUGAGUUUGGGAUGGAUGGGUUGUUGGAUAUUGUAUAAUCUAUCAUAAUGGUCAUUCCGUAGGUAGUCUGGGGUAGUUAGGGCUCGGACCAGGGCGCCGGAUGAGAGCGACGGGGGAGGGCGCCAUUCUUAAUAUUAUACAUAUACAGGGUAUGUAUGCAUAGACAGGGAAUGCCCCACGGAUCUACGAUCACUAAAUGAAGCCAUCCCCGCAGUCAAGACGGACUUGGGCGCCGGGGAAGAGCGACUGGGCCAUAAAUAGUGCAAUACUUCAAUACUUUAUAGUAUCUGUGUAGAUUUAAUCAGGGUCUAUUUCAUGUAUGGUUCUAUCUCAGACACAACCG